AAGAAGAAGAUGGAACGGCGCGUUGGCGUGAUGUCACACGUGUGCGCCAAGAUACGUUUUGUCAGUCAGCGAAGUCUAGUUUUAUUUAUUCAUUCCGAGGUCAAAUUUUAUGUUUAUGACCCAGAUUAUUUGUCUUGAAAUUACCUGACUGAUAUCAUUUUCUUCGUCCUUGACGUCGGUUCCGUACGACUCUAGUGUAAGUAACUCCGCUUCGGUCAGUUUUGUGUUUGUUAGUGAAAAUCAAAGGACUAUAACGUUACUCUAUCAAAAACUUUAAUAAUGGAGUAAAUGGUUUUGAGAUGUCUCUGGGAUUCCUGAGGUUUGUUUUGAGUCAGGCACUAAGCCCCUGUCCUCUUCGACCCGUCAGCCUGGUUGCCUCACGUCUGGCAAGGAGCCCAUCAACCCUCAGGCCAGCAUGUUCUUGCCACUUCUCCACAGACACUGAGGGCGGGAGCACCAGUGUGUCCGAUUUCCAGAAGGAAACUAAAAAGUCGGACCCGAGAGCACGAGUCACUUUUGCCAGCGUGGGUAGGAAGAUUGGCCAGCGUCAUAUACAGUUAUUGGGUGAGGAUGGAGAGGAAUUGGGUACAAUGCACCGUGCUGAUGUGAUACGACUGAUGGACGAAACAGGGCUGCGGCUUGUUGCCAUAAAUGAUGAUUGUGAUCCUCCAUUAUACAGACUGAUGAAAGGGAAACAGAUCCAUGAAGAGCAGAUGAAACUUCGAGACACACAGAAAGCCAAGAAAGGGCCUGUCCAAUCAAAGGAGCUCAUUUUUUCCUCCGAUAUAUCCCUUCAUGACUUGGACACUAAACUGCGGCAAGUUGUCAGUUGGCUGGAAAAAAACAACCACGUCAGACUCACCAUCAGAGCAAGAACUGACGGUGGCACACCACUGGACAAAGUCUUAACACAGAUGGUGGAGAGGAUAUCAGUGCCUGUUGGCUUUGUAUCAAAACCUUCGGUGGUUCGUGGUGGUCGUGCUGCCAUGUGUGUCCUUCGGCUUGCUUCUGCUAAAGAAUUGCAGAAAAGAGCAGAGACUUCGAACAAGAAUUUAAAACAUGACUCAGAGACCCCAGCAUCUCUUCAUAACUCAAAUGACUUCAAACAACAAUAAAAAUCUAUGCAAUUUCAAUACAGAAGUGUAUUUAUUCAGACUCCAAAAACUUUUGCUUUGGAAAUUUUGCUUUAGAAAGUUACUUGGGUUCACCGUAAUAUGACUCAAGAGUCUAGACCACUGGACUCUACCCUAACAGCGGUUCUAAAAGGUGAACCACUGGAUUUGCAGGGUCAUUAAGUUCAGAAUACAUUGUUUUUGUAUGGCUGACAAUGCUCUCUGAUUUAAUGGGAUCAGAACUAUGGGAGGUUUCUGGGAAGUCUGGUUUUGGAAUUUUACAACUUUCAGAGCUGAAAGAAUGAAACUGACCAAUUAAUUGAGGGUUCAUAGUAGUUUCUGAUUGGCUACUUUUGUGGCACCUAAGAUACACAUGAAUUUGAAGUUUUUGUUUGAUGUUUGUUGCCACUCAGACAGGAUGCCAGGGAGCGUUUUGGCCAGGGUUUCAGCUAAAAGAGACAAUAAGGUCUGUUAUUUUCAAAUUGAAAAUUCUUUAAACACCAAUUGUUUGAUAUUUCAUCGACUUCUGAUUCAGCUGAUCAAUAAGUAGUACUAUUAUAUACUAUUGUAAUAGAUUUCGCUAAGCCAUUUCACUGUGUAUGGUGUAAUGCUCCCUUGAACAUGACUAUAGACUGUAAUUCUGUUGUGACACCACAUCCAUUUGCAUUAAAGCCUUUUUUUUCUCAACAAAA